AUUAAAGGGAAGUGGCAAAGUUCAGCGGGGUAGGACUCUGCAGCAGCCAUUUUAGCUCCACGGGACAUGCGUCUUGCUGCUUUCCCAUCAGCCACGGAGCAGAGGGAAGCCGACGGUUGACUCUCAGUUAAUGUCUCUACCCGGCUGCGUGUACCAUGGUGACGCUGGAUCACUUGAGUGUAGAAGACAGUGUUGAUGACUCCCUGCUGUGGCCUGAGGCUGCCACGCCAACACCUGUCUGUCACAGGCAACUCAUGGCGACAAAUAGCGACUCUAGGGAUUUGUUCCUCACCAGGGGUAAGAACCUUGCCUUGAGUCUGGUGCUGCUGAUCGGAUGCUACUCAGCUGUUCUGAUUCCUGCCUAUUUCCCCACGGAUCAGGUGGCAACACUGGGCAAUGACUUCCAACAUCCUAAAGAUCUGGUCUUAUUAAACCGCUCAGCCACGCUGCUGUCGGGCCCCUGUCAGCCUCACUGGUGUCUGAACCACCUCAAGUCUCUGUCCUGCUCUGCGGGCCUCGUGGACCUCCCCGUGUUUGUGCAGCAGGACAGGCCCGUGACCUGGGAUCUGUCCCCUCCUCUGGGGCUCCAGGGCAGCGAAGAGCCUCUGGCCCGGGCUCUUGCGUCUCUGCCUGAGCAAAACCUGCCUCCGUCACUGAGGAGAGACGGCAGCUGCAGGCGAUGUAUGAUGGUGGGCAAUGGAGGGGCUCUGCACGGGAGCCAUCUUGGAUCCCAUAUAGAUCAGUAUGACAUCAUUAUCAGGCUGAAUAACGCUCCAGUGACCGGCUUUGAGAGAGAUGCUGGUUCCCGCACCACCAUCCGCCUGGUUUACCCAGAGGGAGCGCCUCUCUCUGCAGAAGAGUACAAAAAUACCUCCAUGGUCGCACUGGUGGUCUUCAAGAGCCUAGACCUGGACUGGCUCACUUCUGUCAUCACCAAACAGCCUCUGAGCUUCUGGUCCAAAAUGUGGUUCUGGAGGGAGGUGGUGGAGGUUAUCCCUCUAAGACCAGAGAACUUCAGGAUCCUGCAUCCGGAGAUUAUUCGCAAGACGGGACAAGUGUUACAGAAAUAUGCAGUGAAACAUGGAAAAAUGUUGCCGACACUAGGUGCCAGCGCGGUGGUGAUGGCUUUGCAGCUGUGUGACCAAGUGAGCCUGGCAGGGUUCGGCUACGACAUGCAGCACCCAGAGGCCAGGCUCCACUACUAUGAGACAAUACACAUGGACGCCAUGAAGGCUCAAGUGGUGCAUGACGUGAGUGCUGAGAAACUCUUCUUGAGGGACCUGGUGAAGGCGCGAGCUGUGACCGACCUCACAGGCGCGUUGGGAGCCAGCAGCGGGGAGACCAAUCAUAUAGUGAACUCCACGUGCACUCCCCCCUCUCGCUGUGAGCAUGUAUAGCGUCCUCCAUAAGAGGCUUGCACAGCAUGGACUGACCUUUAAAGCGCCCACAGUCUCCGGAUGCCUCACGAAUCAACGAUUGUGGAGAUAAAAAUAUAUAUAUGUUGUGUGAAAAUCAAUGAACUAUUUACCAAGAGUUACAAGUGUAGUUAAUAUCAUACGGGUGAAUACUGUGUAAUCACACGUCAGGAAAAAUACGAUGAUCCAUGUUCCACACUGUGCUAUUUACAUGAUGUUUACAAUGACGCAAUAAGAAGUGAAUAAGAAACUACUGACAUUUAAUGUUUCCAUAACUAGAAUCUGUGUAUGAAUCCAUAUUGUACAUAAAUACAACUGCAUGUUCAUUCAUACAAAUUAUGAAACUAGAAGUAGGGUAGACUGGGAUUUUCAACAUUUAUACAAAUCCUUCAGCUGCAAGUUUAUAACAGUUAGAAAAAACCCAUCUACAGUAGUAAAGCACGUCAAUCUACAAAAAUUGAAGGAGUGAUAUUCUCGAUAUAUUUAAUACAAGAUACAAAAUAGUGCACAUCUGUGUUUGCUGAUAAUAAACGUAAGUGCACGAAAUAAAUUAUUCUAACCCUA